AUGGGUGUCAAAGAGUUCUUCAAAAGCCGCUCAGGCUUACGAGUCGACAAUCGCCAGACCACCUCCGCUGCAACCCUUACAUUACGACAGAGUCUAUGGCCUUUGACUUUGGUCACCAUCUUAUUCUUCCUCUGGGGCUUCGCCUAUGGGCUCCUGGAUACUCUAAACAAACACUUCCAGAACACCCUCCACAUUGACCGAGCUCGUUCCUCCGGUCUCCAGGCCGCUUAUUUCGGAGCCUACCCACUUGCGUCGCUGGGAUAUGCGAAUUGGAUGCUGCGCCACUAUGGCUACAAAACCGUCUUUAUUUUCGGCCUGGUGCUGUAUGGGAUUGGUGCCCUGUGCAUGUGGCCGGCAGGGCUGAAUCGCUCCUUCGGUGGCUUCUGCGGUGCAACCUUUGUCAUUGGCUCGGGGUUGGGAUCGCUGGAAACCGCUGCUAACCCUUACUUAACUGUCUGUGGACCCCCUCGGUAUUCCGAGAUUCGAAUCAAUUUUGCUCAAGCGUUUAAUGCUAUCGGCACCGUCGUGGGCCCUGUGCUUGGUUCGUAUGCCUUCUUCAACAAGACCUCGGAUGAUGUAUCUGCCCUGCAGAGUGUCCAAUGGGUAUAUCUAGCAAUUGGGAUCUUUGUCUUCUGUCUUGCGGGCGUGUUCUUCAUCUCCAAUAUUCCCGAGGUGACCGAUGAAGACAUGGCGUUCCAGGUGGCCCAGACGCAUGUCAAUGAGCAGGACCAGCCCUUUUGGAAACAGUACAAGCUGUUCCAUGCCACGCUGGCCCAAUUCACUUACACUGGAGCUCAGGUCGCUAUCGCGGGCUACUUCAUCAACUAUGCUACGGAGACCUGGCCUGGGACGAGUAGUGCCACAGGCGCAAAAUACCUUGCUGGCGCACAGGGUGCUUUUGCGGUGGGACGAUUCCUCGGCUCGGGGAUUAUGAAGUACGUCAAGGCUCGCUGGGUUUUCUUGGUGUAUCUGUCGUGCACGGUGGCGUUCCUGGCUGCCUCGGUGACACAGACCAAGCAGUCGGGCAUUGCCAUGCUCUUCUUGACAUUGUUCUUUGAGUCUGUUUGUUUUCCCACGAUUAUGGCUCUGGGUAUUCGUGGUUUGGGACGGCAUUACAAGCGUGGUUCGGGCUUCAUCGUCGGUGGUGUUUGUGGAGGUGCCGUUGUGCCACCAAUUCUGGGACGUGUUGCUGACAUGCGUAACAACACUGGGUUCGCAUUCAUCGUGCCUACUAUGUUCAUGGUCGUUGCGUGGACCUAUGCCGUCGCUGUGAACUUUGUGCCCGCGUACACUACUGUGAUGGAUAAGGUUGGAGAAAGUACCGUGGGCAUCGAGGCUACCUCUAAGGACGAGGAAGCGAUGGGUGCUACCGAUACAACUAAUAAGAACUCCGCCGUACACGUGGAGUGA